UACACAUUUGGCAACACUGGUAAAAGUCUUACCUCGAAACGGUAACGCUUAUAAUAAUUAAUAUUGAUGACAGUUUGAUGUAACUGAUUUCCUUUUCCUUUUUAAUUAAUACUAUGGCGCCAGUUGCAAAUGCUAAAAAGGUUGAGAGUCAAAAAAAACUCAAGAGGGAUCCGACCAAAAAUCCUAUGAGGGAUCUUCAUAUAAGGAAGUUAUGUUUAAAUAUAUGCGUCGGAGAAUCCGGUGACAGGUUAACGCGUGCAGCUAAGGUUUUAGAGCAGUUGACUGGCCAGCAACCAGUAUUUUCAAAAGCAAGGUAUACUGUCCGUUCAUUUGGAAUUAGAAGAAAUGAAAAGAUUGCCGUACAUUGCACAGUUCGAGGAGCAAAGGCUGAAGAAAUUUUGGAAAGAGGUUUGAAAGUACGCGAAUAUGAAUUAAGAAGAGAUAACUUUUCUGCGACGGGUAACUUUGGUUUUGGUAUACAAGAACAUAUAGAUUUAGGAAUCAAAUACGACCCAUCUAUCGGAAUUUAUGGUCUGGAUUUCUAUGUAGUUUUAGGUCGCCCAGGGUUUAAUGUUGCUCACAGAAGAAGAAAAACCGGAGUAGUUGGAGCUCAACAUCGACUUACAAAGGAAGAUGCUAUGAAAUGGUUUCAACAAAAAUAUGAUGGCAUUAUUCUUAAUAGUAAAGCUAAAUAAAAAUUUUAAUGAGCAAUUGAUUGCGUGAGAAAUAAAAUAAAAUAGUUUUA